AUGCAGAUGUCCCACUCACGUGCUAAAAAAAUACUGCAAAUAAGCAUGCAAAAUGAACAGCAUGAGCUUAAUGAAACCAAUAACUCUGUUUUGUUUGUUAAUAACCAAUUUCCAAAUCCGUAUGACGCUUUGGUUGGGCAUGAUAGCGUGGCUUCUAAUUCUGCUUCAUCGACUUUCUUUGAUAAUGGCAACAUUGAUUGUAUUGAAAAUGAAAAGCCUGGGGUAGAGUACAUAUAUAACCCUAAAUCGUUUGACAGUAAAAGUUUCGAUAACCAAACAUGCUUUAAUACGCAGACAUAUGAAAUAGUAAAGAAUGUUGUUAUUGAAGACAUAUUUCCGCUUGAAACAGAACAACUCAGUCCAAGUUCGCACACAGUUCAAGUUCGAUCUCUUUGUCUUACGCCAUCACUUAUCUACAAUUCUGAAAAUGCCUCUAAUAGUUUUGAACCAUCUCAAUCGUACCUCUCUACAAGUAAUGAUAAAUCGGAUGAUGAUUUGGCCGUUCCUUUGACACAAAAAAAACUAACAGCUCAUGAAACUAUACCUCCUAACUUACCUACCUACCUAACCUCAACUGCCUGUCCUGAAUUAAUAAAUAAAUUAGUCGAUUACAGUGAUACUGAUUCAGAAUCGGAAGAACCGGUUAUAAAACGAAAGAAAAGGUGUCAAGUAAAGAAGGAAGAAUGGACUAGUGAAAUUAAUAUAAAGAAUAGAGAAAAGGGUAAAGAAUAUUGCGGUAAAGAACAAGUUGAUGGAGAGUGGAAAAAAAAUAUAAAGAAACCGAAAAAGGUGUUGAAGCCCCGGUGCAGUUGUAAGGAAAAGAGAAAUAGUGUUAUUCAGUGUCAUAGUAUUUCUGAAGAUGACAGAAAAAUAUUAUUUGAUAAGUUUUGGAAUAUGACUUGGGAUGAAAAACGAGUUUACCUUGAUAAUUUAGUAAAAAAUUUACAUACAAAUAGGCAAAGAGAUAGGAAAGACCCUCAAAAAUCUAAAAGAGUUAACACUUUUAUUUACCACCUAAAAAAAGGUGAGGAUAUGAUAAGAGUCUGUAAAACAUUAUUUCUAAAUACCUUUUCUAUGGGUAAAUCAUGUAUCUGGGGUUGGAAGGUUGAAGUUGCUGGAAAGAAUACUGAUGAACAAUUACCAGAAACUACUCGCAGAAAUCUAUUUGACCAAGAAAUUAAAACUUUACAGGACUUUUUAGAUGACUUACCUAAAAUGCCUUCACAUUAUUGUAGAAAAAGAACAACGCAGACAUACAUACAACCAGACAUAUCAUCCAAACAGCAACUUUAUAAAAUGUAUAGAGAUCAUUGUGAGUCAAAAAAUAAAAAAACACUAUCUAUUGCCACUUUUACAAAUACCCUAACCAUACAAAAAAUAGCUUUAUUCAAACCGAAGAAAGAUUUGUGUGACAUCUGUAAUGGAUACAAGAUGGGCCAUAUUACUAAAGAGACUUACGAAGAGCAUGUAAAUAAAAAGAACGAAGCGAGAAUGGAAAAAGAAUCUGAUAAAGAAAAAAAGGAAUUUGUCUUUACUGCAGAUCUCCAAGCAGUGCUUUUAGCACCGCGACCCUAUGUAUCAUCAAACUACUACAAAACUAAGCUGUGUGUUCACAACUGGUGUAUUUAUGACAUGAAAACUAGCGAUGGGUAUUGCUUUCUAUGGAAUGAGGCCGAAGGUGGGCUUAAUUCUGAUGAGUUUGCAACGAUUUUAACCAAUUUCUUUAUGAAUAAAGUAGUCCCAAAAAUGGGAGAUAACAACAGAUUCAUAACUUUGUACACGGAUGGGUGUACGUAUCAAAAUAGAAACGUCACUUUAAGCAAUGCUCUCCUCAACAUGGCUAUGCUGAAUAAUGUUACAAUUGAGCAAAAAUAUUUGGAACUAGGCCACACCCAAAUGGAGGUUGACAGUAUGCACGCAAUGAUUGAAAAAAAACUAAAAAAUCAAGUGAUUAAUGUUCCAGCCGAGUACAUUACCAUUUGCAAGAAUGCAAAAAAAUCAAAACCGUAUACAGUCGAAUACCUAAACUAUUCAUACUUCAAGAAUUUUAAAAAUUUACCAUUUUACACCUCCAUAAGACCGGGAAAAAUGAAGGGAGACCCUAAGGUUACCGAUAUACGAGCUCUUAAGUAUGCACCCUCUGGAGAAAUUUUUUAUAAACUUAAAUUAACUGAUGAAUAUAAAUUACUCAACCAACGCAGGAAUGCCCGAAUUAACAACAUUCCUUUUAAUAAUAUACCUAACCUAUACAACGAACGCAGGAAAAUUACAAAAAAAAAGUUCUUAGAUUUACAGCAACUAAAGAACUCAAUGCCCAGAGAUUACCAAAACUAUUAUGACAACCUUCCUCAUGAAGCCUAA